UAGCACUCCAUCAAGACAUCUUAAAUGUUUCCAUAACAUACCUUGCAUCUCUCAAGCCCACAGCGAUCUUUCUUCCUAUCAUCACAGUUGAGCUUGAAUUAGUCCAUAAUGGCGGAAGGAGAUACCAUUGUUGCCUCCAUCAUUCUCCGCCGCUCAUAUCUCAAAAAACUUGUCUUUCCAAAAGCUGUAAUGCAGACACGUCGUCAUCUUUUGCCUGGAACCUUAUGGGGGCAAACUGGAAAAGCUUAUGCGAUAUUGAAGGGUGGAAAUCGCGAGACCCUCCCUGUCACGUUCUCGCUCGGACGAAAACGUGAUCGCCUCGUUCUCCUGGGAAGUGGAUGGAAAAAGGUUGUUAAGAAGCUUGGUUUGAAGGAAGGUGAAAAGGUGAUCAUUUCUUUGGACGAUAGAGCAAGUUCCACUUAUUCGAUAUGCUCGUCCAGCCUGCAAAGUGGACAUAAGCCUCAUGUCAUCAUGAAAUUUGACCUGAAUAAACCACCGGAGGAAUCAGAUGAAGAGGAGAUGGACGUGCGCUCCAAUAAUUAACAUCAGAUUCUCGGUUUGUCACAGACAAAUCCAUAUAUAAUAUUUCAUUUGGGCUAGCUGAUCUGCCGAAAAGGGUCGUUGGCAUGUUUCAUCUUUCUUUGUUCAGCUUUUAUGUGUCAAAUUGGGCCACUGAAGUGACGUGUACCUUAGUGAUCCAAAGAUUUGGAUUCGUAUACUUUUAUUUUUCUGUUUGCCAAUGAUCAGUAAUAUAUAAUAACUUCUAGC